AUGCCCUCGGAUCUAGGCUACUGGCUAAUCUCGGUCCGCCUGGAAGACAAUGAUCCGCAUCAAAUGUUUUCCUCACUCGGUUGCAAACUCGUUUCUGACAAUGCCUCUGCUUCUUGCGAUUUGGGUCAACUCUGCUUCCCGCCGCUGAAAACUGGCACUCUGGAAUCGCUAAUCUCUCUCUCGGAAGAUCUGCCGAAGCUCGAGAGCCUAUAUACCUCUAUUGUUUCCAAGAUCAUCGACACUCUCCGUGCUUUGCUCAACAACGACCAGGCUGCGCUUGCACAGCAUGUUUUGGUCAACGAGCAGAGUUUAGACGACUACAUGCUUGGUUGGGCGUGGAACACGGGCAAGUACCGUGCUGAUCGCGCAUUGCGGGAAACGGUGGAGAUGUUAGGCAAGGAAUUGACUAGCAUCGAUAACGUUAUGAAGCAGAAACUUGCAAACUACAAUGCAGCCAAAACACAGUUGCAGCAGUUGCAGAGGAAGAAGCAAGGCAAUCUCUCGGUGCGCUCCCUUGCGCACCUAGUGCACAAAGAGCACUUUGUCGACGGCCAGAGCGAGUAUCUGGAAACCCUCCUAGUUGCUGUUCCGAAGAACAACAUAAACGCUUGGACAGCCAAAUACGAGAGACUCACGCCCAUGGUCGUCCCGAGAUCAUCCAACCAAAUCACCUCGGACGAGGAAUUCGCAUUGUUCAAUGUCACCGUGUUUAAGAGAGUCAGGGAGCAGUUUGUUGAGAGAUGCAGGGAAAACAAGUUUAUCGUUCGUACCGAUUUCAUCUGGGAUCAACACCUAGUCUCACGCCAACGCGAACACUUGGAGCAAGCUGCAGAUUCAGAGAAGCAGCUCUGGACCGAGUUGCUCAGGCUCGCUAGGACCAACUUUAGCGAAGCCUAUCAGGCCUUGGCCCAUGUAAAGGUCGUAAGGGCCUAUGUGGAGAGUGUUUUGACCUUUGGACUGCCAGCUGAUUACUUUGCGGUGGCGGUCAAGCCCAAUGCCAAACGGACAAAGGCCUUGUUGGCCGCGUUGAAGAGUCAUUUUGCCUACUUGCAACCGGCGAGUGAUGGCAAGCGGAACGAGGGCAAUGUGGCGGAUGCACCAGGAGAGUAUGCUCACUUCUUGGAGCAAGAACAAUAUCCCUUUGUUUUGGUCGAGAUGCUUAUGGUUCCUGUAUAA